CCCUUUAACAUAUUAGUUGAUUUAUCAUGUUUUUAGAGAAACGAACAAAUUUUCUUGUUGUUCUGAAGGGGGCCUUCGAAUAAGAAAAAGAAGUUCUAGAAAGUGAUGAGAUGAGACUAGUGGGAGUUCUACUGUGUAUUCUAGGAGUUCAAGUCGUUUUCUCAACUCACCAAACUAAUCGAACCAAGAGAGGAGUUCCAUCGAUUCCUGAAUAUUUCGAACGACGAGUGAGACCCCGGAUAGAUGGAGGAGUAGAGAUAGUUAGGGAGCGUGUAGUGCCGGCUCUGGUGGAAACAGCAAUAAACUUAGGGAAUGCGGGAGUCACCGCUGUGACACAAUUUCAUCGUGCUGCAAACCCAGUUGUGAGGGAGUCAGCUGCUCACUUCAGACACACUGUUGACGAACACAUUGCGCCAGGGGUAGCAGCAAGUGUAAACACACUCACAAAUACUGCAAGAGACGGGGUAGAUAGGGUAGCGGCUGCUGUACUUGGGCAGGAGGCUCAUAGUCGAGUUCAUGAAACUAUUGGAGCAGUUGGUACAAUAGCGCGGUAUCUUACUGGAGCUAACACUUCAAGGGAGGACGAAUACGAGGAUUAUAAGGAUUAUGGGGAGUUUCAUGGACCUAUUUAUAGCAAGCAGAGUUAUGAUUAUAUUCAUCCAGAUUUAGUUUAUCAAUCCAACGGCGAUGUUUUCUACGACUAUCCAUACACCACACAACCAGACUACUCUCAACUCGACUACAGCAGACAAGAGUAUAGAGAUCAAGAAACUACAUCUCAAAAUAAUGACGACUUCACCAAUUUCAACCCGUCGGAGUUUAUUGGGAACGAUGUUUACUAUGAAGAUUAUUACAGAGCCGAAGGAAGAAAUAUCCCAGAUCCUCAUAGAGAAGGAUUAGUUCCUCUAGAAUCUGCCGAUUCGUCCAAUCCGACCGAUCUAGAGGAUAGAGCAGAUCGGGAGCAGACCGUCGAAGAAGCGUUGUAUAUAAUCGGAAAGAAUGUUUUAGGAACAAACGUUACAAACAGGUUACUUCCUGUUGUUGCUAAAUUUACUAAAGGAGUUGGUUUAGUUGGAGAAGGUUUGAAUACAAUAGGAGGGGCCAUUGCAGCAAGGACAGAGAAUAACGUUGAAAGAGGGGAGGCUGAAAGGUUUCGAGGGGAGGUGGGGAGGAAACAAGGGGAGGUGGGGAGGCAACGAGUGGAGUCAGGAGGGAGGGUAGUUACUCCUGCUCCACCCUGUACUACUCCUACAGGGGGUAGAGGGAAGUGUAGAGAUAUUCAAGCUUGCCCUCUCUUACUUGCUGAUUUGAAUGCUCUGCGAGGAUCUAUAUGCUUUAAAUCUCUAUUUUCUCCUGGUGUUUGCUGUCCUGAACUUGGGAAGGAGUUUUGGUGUGGUGGUGCUUUGAUAACAGAUAGACACGUGAUAACAGCUGCUCAUUGCACUAAAGACAAAAAUAAGAAAAGUUUUGCUCCAUCACAGUUCACAAUUCGUGUCGGAGAAUGGGAUUUGAGUGAUGACGACAACUACUCAGUUGAACUUGAUGUUCAGACUUACGAGGCUCAUCCUAACUUCAGGCCUAAUGGAUUCUACAACGAUGUGGCGGUUUUUACGCUGAAAGAACCGGUGGCGUUUAACGAGUAUAUCCAGCCACUUUGUUUACCUGUUGGUAAACAUUCAAACCAGUUGUUUACCAAUUAUUUACCCCUAGCUCUAGGUUGGGGUACAACACACUAUGACGGAGAGGAAGUACCCAUUUUGAGAGGAGUUCCCUUACCAGUCUGGACAAAUGAAGAUUGCAAUAAAUCUUAUUUUCAACCGAUAACUGAGGUAUUCCUGUGUGCUGGUUAUGCAGAUGGAGGCCGAGAUGCUUGUCAGGGGGAUAGCGGGGGACCACUCAUGCUUUUUGACGAAGAAUCUUCAAGUUGGAUGCUGGUCGGGAUUGUAAGUUUUGGGAAUAGAUGUGCAGAACCAGGGUAUCCCGGAGUAUACACUAGAGUUACACAUUUCCUAGACUGGAUUAUAGACAAGAUCAACGAGUAAAGGAAUUCAAAUAAAAUACAUAAAUCAUAUUUUCAUACGGUGGUAUGGUAGGCGAUUAUAUCAAUAUAGUGAUAACAGCUUUUGAUUUCGAUUUUAUCAAGAUUUUAAAUAUCUGGAUACACAAAAACAUGGAAACAAAGAGAAUCUGUCAAUAAAAAAUCUUUUCUUUUAUUUAUUGUAAACUUGUAAUUCAAAAUAAUUGCUUGUUAGUAAUCAAAACUCAACAAAAAUGUCGUCUUUAUGAUUUUAACAUAAUCGUCGAUACCACCAUAGAAACUUUAAUUGUAAUAUUGUAAGACAGAAUAUUUUUUGGGUGAAAUAUUUUAAACUGCAUUAAUUAUGUUC